UGCCUUUUACAAGUAUCCCGGAGAACAAAAGGUCAUUAUUGUGUGUCAGUAAAUGACUCAGUGUUCAAGAAAUCAAAACCUAACAAGGACGGCCAGGAGUUAGAGAAGACCUCAACACUGACGUUGGAGGGAUCUGGGAUGGAGUCGGCUUUGUACUUGUUCGUACUGCUGGUAGCGGUCGGUAUACAGACAAGUCAAGGUGAACUAUGGGAAGUGUCUAUUUACAUCGAUACCAGGGACUACUCCGAAUCUAAUGAUCACCUUUUUAUGGACGUCGUAGGUACUGUGUCGAAUGGCUCGCGCCUUUAUUUAGGAAACAGGUUCCGAAAUGGUGAGACAAGGCAAAGGGUUUUUAAUCAAAACUACGGGAAAGUCAGCCACAUCAGGUUAUACCAGUCAGGGAAGGAUGGGAUACGUGUACAAAAGGUGAGGAUGGAGAGUGUUGGUGGACGGAUGUACACGUUCCGGUGUGACUGCUGGAUACAGACUGACCAACCGGCAGACGAUAGUAAACCAUCAUGGCUUCUCAAAUCUGAAGAUUGCUACUGGAAUGAUCCCAUUCCACACUGUGCUACUGUAGUACGUGUAACAUGUCAGACCGGCAAAUGCGAUGCGUGUGUGGACGGCUAUCACCUUGAUGAGGGAGUCUGUAUAGGUGAACAAUGGGAAGUGUCUAUAUACAUCGAUACCAGGGUCAACGCCCAAUCUAAUAACCAGCUUUUUAUGGACGUCCUAGGUACUGUAUCGAAUGAUUCGAGACUCUAUCUAGGAAACAAUUUUCGAAGCGGUGAGAUAAGUCGAAAGUCUUUUAUGUUAAGCAGAAACAUCGGAAUAGUCAACUACAUCAGGUUAUACCAAGCCGGGGAUGAUGGGCUACGUGUACGAAAGGUGAGGAUGGAGAGCGAAAGUGGACGGAUGUACAUAUUCCGGUGUGACUGCUGGAUACAGACUGACCAGCCUGCGAACGACAGCAGACCAUCCUGGCUUCUCCAACCUGAAGGUAGGGGUAUAUUCUACACCGGCUUCCAUGAUCAAUACCUCUAUCUAGUUAAAUUAUUAUCCUGGAGUAAUAUUUAUUAGAAAUUUUGUUUUGUAUGUUGAAUGUCCGAAAACAUUGUUUGGUAUUAUACAAAAGUAGUAUAACAUCAUAUUUGAAAACUUUGAAAUUCGCAUAGAAAAGAGUAUUAAAAUAUACUGACCCGAUUCUUGAUGAUGAGAGGAGGGGGUUUUCAUAGAUAUGCACCGCAAGGUUAACUGCCCACAAAUCCAGAAAACGUGGUCAUGUUGAUGAUUUUGAUUGACAGACGACAAAAAAAUCAAAAGAAGACAAGAUAGUAGAAGUAGUCCGGUGUCAAAAGUCGAAGGCUAACCAAUCAAAAUUGUUGGGAGGUCAGAGAAAACCAAUCGGAGGCUUUCAUUUGGAAGUGGUGUGUAAACAAACAAUUACACACAGUUUCGAAGUUUAUCACAUGGCAUAUCAGUUGUGAAAUGGGUGCAGUUAUGGGAUGAAUAUGUAUUUCAAAUUAAUUUCAAAAUAAUAAAUAUUCGAUCUAAAACAUCGGCCAACGUCCUAGCGCGGUUUUUUAUCGAGCCCUCAAGCACUCGGCAUUAUCCGAGGUAAGUAUAUCGCUUUACUCACUCUAUAAUGUCAACACCAUGUUUUAUAUCAAACUAAUUAAUUGAACGUUUAUUUGGAAAAUUUAAUGACAAAUUGAUUUAAAUAAUUCAGUGUGUGUGUGUGUGUGUGUGUGUGUGUGUGUGUGUG